AGUCGCAUGUACUUUACAAUUAUACCCUUUGUAUAUUUGAUUUGGCACACGAAACCGUUAACAAGUAGCGAACUGCAAGGAUUUGAGAUUAUUACGGGAAAGUAUAAUACCACAAAGUGUAACUUCAAAUUGAAUCCAAUUCUUGUUUUUAUCUUUCUUUCUAUUAAUCUCGCUUGAGUUGAGCGAUAUCCAAUCGUGCGAAAUUGUUUUGGUUGUUAAGUCCAUGUUAAUUUUUUGUACGAAAAGAUGAAAUUCUGCAAGACUUAUCAAGAGUACAUGCGUGGACAUGAGCAGAAGAUGCUCCCUGUUGUUGGCUUCAAGAAGCUCAAAAAGAUCAUGAAAAAGUGCAGACGUUCAUCUCAGUCCAGUAAUUCCUGCCCUGAUCAAUGUCCAGUGUGCGACGGGACCUUUUUCCCUUCCCUUCUUAAUGAAAUGUCAGAUAUAGUGGGAUGCUUUAAUCAGCGUGCACAAAAAUUGCUGGAGAUACAUCUUGCUUCUGGAUUUAGAAAGUACAUUCUCAUGUUCAGAGGUCAAUCAAAAAGGAAUCAUACUACUUUAAUUCAUGAAGGCAAAGAUCUAGUUACAUAUGCAUUGAUAAACGCUGUUGCAAUCCGCAAAAUACUAAAGAAAUAUGAUAAGAUUCAUUAUUCCAAGCAAGGGCAAUUAUUCAAGUCACAAGUCCAGACUAUGCACAAGGAAAUUCUUCAGAGUCCCUGGCUUAUUGAGCUUAUGGCAUUACAUAUCAACUUAAGGGAAACUAAUGUCAAGUCAAGGACACCUGCAUUAUUCGAUGGAUGUUAUCUCGCAUUUAAGGAUGGAAAACCAUCACUUACUUGUGAGCUCUUUGAUUCCAUUAAAAUUGAUAUUGACUUAACUUGCUCUAUAUGCUUGGACACGGUGUUUGAUCCAGUUUCUCUGACUUGUGGCCACGUAUUCUGCUUUAGUUGCGCAUGCUCAGCUGCAUCUGUUACUAUUGUUGAUGGACUUAAGGCAGCACAUCCUAAAGAGAAAUGUCCCUUAUGCCGAGAAGCAGGAGUUUAUGAAGAUGUUGUGCACUUGGAAGAAUUAAACAUUCUGUUAGGCCAAAGAUGCAAAGAGUACUGGGAGGAAAGACUUCAGAUGGAAAGGGUAGAGAGGGUCAAGCAAGCCAAGGAGCAUUGGGAAACACAAUGUAGAGCGUUCAUGGGCAUCUAAGCAGAGAAACAACAAUUCGGGUUCAAUUAUGUAGUUGUAGGUUGAAAAUAUCGUUAUUCACUUUGUUUAAAAUAGUAUUAGCAUUUCAAAAGAUUGUUAAUGGUAGUGGAAUUUUUGGACUCUGAAAUGUAAGAGGCUUCUACUAUGGCAUCUGUAUCUACUGAAGGCCAUUUAUUUACUGUAGAUAAAGUUUUACAAUA